UGGAAACUACUAGAAGCGGCCGCAGAACCUCCUGGCUUGCUUUUCCCUCCACCCCCCGCCCCUCCCCGCCUUAACUUCCGGCUCCUCCUCACUCCCUCCGGGUACUUCCGUUUCACCUCGUCGGAUUUUACUUUGUGCCUGUUCGAGAGUUCUUUCAAGCUCCCUCGGGUUACCUCGAAAGGGGUCCGAAAUGCAACCGCUCACACAACCAUUCAUCACCCGUAAAGGCCACAAAGAACACGUCCCAUUGUUCCCCGAGCCUCUGAAUUGGCCCUCCUGAGCCUCAUGGGAGUUGUAGUCUUGUUGACUAAUCUGCUGGAUAACCGCGGAAGGUCGCGCUAAAAGUAAAGGAAACGAUUUAAGCGCGGAGCGCUGGGAGUUUCGGGAGUUGUAGUCAAGGAGCCCUGUGUCACGUCCAGAACCGAGCGUGACGGUGGAGACGGAAAGACUACAAUUUCCAGCAUGCCCUGCGGCCUCAGUCUUGACUCACGUUCCUCCCUCCUUCCGCCCCACCCCGCGACUGCUCGCUUCCGCCUGUUUUCUAUGCGGCUCAGUCUGGCUAGGAAGGGUGGUCCAGCGGCGGAAGAGUCUGACGCUGUCCCGAAAGGGUGGGCUCGGUGUGGCAGAGUAAACAGGUGACGAUAGGGACAAGCCUCUGCCGCCGUACUUGGGAUCAUGUUGAAGCACCUCUUUCAGUCACUCUUAUAAUCGCACCCGGUCGAUGUAACUUCUAGAGCCGUCAGAUCUUUAUCUCCUUCCUUGGCACAGAUGAAUCGGACAAAGGGUGAUGAAGAAGAGUAUUGGAACAGCUCCAAGUUCAAGGCUUUCACCUUUGAUGAUGAAGAUGAUGAGCUCUCACAGUUAAAGGAAUCCAAGAGAGCAGUGAAUAGUCUUCGUGACUUCGUGGAUGAUGAGGAUGACGAUGACCUGGAGAGAGUCAGCUGGAGUGGGGAACCUGUGGGAAGUAUCUCAUGGUCCAUCAAAGAGACUGCUGGAAAUAGUGGGUCAAGCCAGGAGGGGCGUGAACAGCUGAAGAGCCGAAAUAGCUUCUCCACCUAUACACAACUACCCAAACCUACUUCUACUUACUCCCUGAGCAGCUUUUUUAGAGGGAGAACUAGACCUGGAAGUUUCCAGUCCCUUUCUGAUGCUCUGUCAGAUGCACCUGCCAAAAGCUAUGCUCCAGAGCUGGGCAGACCCAAGGGGGAGUACAGGGAUUACAGCAAUGACUGGAGCCCCAGUGACACAGUGCGACGUCUUCGGAAGGGCAAGGUCUGCUCACUAGAAAGAUUCCGUUCCUUACAGGACAAGCUACAGCUCCUGGAGGAAGCAGUAAGCAUGCAUGAUGGAAACGUAAUUACUGCAGUUCUGAUCUUCCUGAAGAGGACACUAAGCAAAGAGAUCCUCUUCCGAGAGCUGGAAGUGCGACAGGUUGCCUUGAGACAUCUCAUUCACUUCCUUAAAGAAAUAGGGGAUCAAAAGCUGCUUUUAGACCUCUUCAGGUUCCUAGAUAGAACAGAAGAGCUUGCGCUCUCUCAUUACCGUGAGCACUUGAACAUUCAGGACCCUGAGAAACGAAAAGAAUUUCUUAAGACCUGUGUUGGUUUGCCAUUUUCAGCAGAAGAUUCUGCACAUAUUCAAGACCAUUAUACCCUCCUGGAACGCCAGAUCAUUAUUGAGGCAAAUGAUCGACAUCUGGAAUCAGCAGGACAGACUGAGAUCUUUCGAAAGCACCCCCGCAAAGCUUCUAUCCUCAACAUGCCAUUAGUGACAACGCUUUUCUACUCGUGCUUCUACCAUUACACGGAGGCUGAGGGGACGUUCAGCAGUCCAGUCAACCUGAAGAAGACAUUUAAGAUCCCAGACAAACAGUAUGUACUGACGGCCCUGGCUGCUCGCGCCAAGCUUCGAGCCUGGCAUGAUGUUGAUGCCCUCUUUACCACGAAGAACUGGCUGGGCUACACCAAGAAGAGAGCACCCAUUGGAUUCCAUCGGGUUGUGGAAAUUUUGCACAAGAAUAGUGCCCCUGUCCAGAUAUUACAAGAGUAUGUUAAUCUGGUGGAAGAUGUGGACACAAAGUUGAACUUAGCCACCAAGUUCAAAUGCCAUGAUGUCGUCAUUGAUACUUGCCGGGACCUGAAGGAUCGUCAGCAGUUGCUAGCGUACAGGAGUAAGGUGGAUAAAGGAUCUGCAGAGGAGGAGAAGAUUGAUGCCAUUCUGAAUAGUUCGCAAAUUCGAUGGAAGAAUUAAGUGGCAUUAGCUACCCUGAAACCUGCCUCAUUUCUUCCUUUCCUGUCUGUGAAAGUAGAGAGUGUCUUCAUUGGGAGUUACAGUACCACACAUCGCUUGGACCCAUCAGCAACAGGCAGUGCCUACUACUCUAAGGGCAGAAACCAGCGCCUGGGCACAGACAGCUUCAGACUGACCUAAGGAACGUCAUCAAGAGGGCCAAGAUCUAAAGCUUUGACUCAUGAGGAAGAUUCUCUCCACCUGGUGCUCACAUGAAGGUGGGAAUAAUUUCUAGAUUGGGCCCAUAUUGGGCAAGAUCUCUCUUGGUCUGGGAAAAAUGACUGCUCAAGAAAGGAAGUUACCUAGACUAAGAGGUCAGGUGUCAUAGAGUGGCCACUCCAUUCCUCUCAGCUAAUUAUGACCCUGGACUUGGUGCUGGACUUUGGCAGUUCUGCUCUGAAGUCAGAAUAGAACCAAAAUGGCUCUCUCCCAAGGGACCUCAGGAAGGGAUGCCAGUAUAGCGGAGACCUGUUGGAGGUGCCUUCACCCCAGACUGCAGAGUCCUCCAUGUAAUGACAGAGAUUGCCCAGACGUUUGUGUUUCUUUAACCACUGUCCCUCUGCUGCCCUAGUCUAGCCUCUACUGAGACUUGUGUUUCGUCUCUCACCUACACAUCGAGAUGGCCUGGUGCGGGAGAUAAGGACCUCCCCAUUAUCUUUUCCUCUACUUCUCCUACCCAGACCCAUAAACUUUUAUGAAGCUCAAAUUCAGCAGUGCUGGAGUGCUCUUCCCUUACACACAAAUCUCAUUUCACUAGGAGCUUCCAGAAGGUUCACCAGGGCUAAACUCAACAGCAUUUCAGACAGGAUAUUAAGAUGGAAGUUUUCAUUUCACACUUGGUUUUUAAUAGGAUCUUCUGUAGUGCUAGCCUCCUGCCCUUUACCAAUAUUAGCCUCUCUUCUAUGACUGAACUGGGUUUUCCUGACAUGCCUAGAUUCAUAAUAAAGCCUUUUCCUUCUUGGUGCCUUC